AUAGGUCAAUCAGAAUAUAUACUAUGUUGACGAUAAGGAGAACGUAAACACAAAUUAAAGUUUCGCACGAAUCCGCUAUUGCUUCUGGAUGUAAUCGAAGUCAUCUUAUUUGUAUCCUAUUGCAAAGCCGAGUCUUAUCUUAUGUCCCGUCUUGUGACCACACUUCAAAAUGCUUUAAAAAAAACAUACUUAAUAAAUUCAUGGAAAGAAAAAUCAACCAUAUAGAGGGUCGGUAUAAUUGUUUGCACGAUAGGGCUUGCAAAGGUUCAAAAAUUGUGGAUUUUCGAAUGAAGAAAAUAGAAUUGUGGGAGGAAAGCCUACAGGAGUAAAUCAAUAUCCUUGGAUGGCUCGAAUUAUUUAUGAUGGAAAAUUUCACUGCGGAGGAUCAUUGUUAACAAAAGACUACGUUCUAUCUGCAGCUCAUUGCAUUAAAAAAUUGAGAAGAUCCAAAAUCCGAAUAAUAUUUGGAGAUCAUGAUCAAGAAAUAACAUCGGAGUCGAAGGCAAUUCAAAGAGCUGUAACCGCUGUCAUAAAACAUAAAAAUUUUGACCCGGAUACCUACAACAACGAUAUUGCAUUGUUAAGACUAAGGAAACCUAUUGUGUUUUCGAAAAUAAUUAAACCAGUGUGUCUUCCCCGAUAUAACUAUGACCCAGCAGGUCGUAUAGGAACUGUCGUUGGUUGGGGUCGUACUGCAGAAGGAGGAGAACUGCCCACAAUUGUUAAUCAAGUAAAAGUACCUAUUAUGUCUCUUGCGGAAUGCCGAAGCCAAAAGUAUAAAAGCACACGAAUAACGCCAACUAUGUUGUGCGCGGGACGACCGCGUAUGGACUCCUGUCAAGGUGAUAGUGGUGGACCACUAUUAUUGUCGAAUGGAGUCAAAUAUUUUAUAGUAGGUGUAGUGUCCUGGGGUGUUGGUUGCGGACGCGAAGGAUAUCCUGGGGUUUAUACCCGUAUCAGCAAGUUUAUUCCUUGGAUUAAAUCUAAUUUAGCAAGUACUUGCUUGUGUUCAUAGUCAAUUUCUAAAAUAUUGAAUAAAAUAAAGAAAAUCGU